GAUGCGUUAUAUCGCCGGAACAUCCGUCGUACUCGAUACCUCUCCGUCUCUACUGUUUCACUGCCGUAUCCGCCGCCGUAAACUCGGAGCUGCUGGCCGGAGAUUGGUUAUGACUCCCGUGAAUUCGCGUUCUCAGCCGAGGGAAUCCGAAGACGGAAUCAUCUCGGUAGAGGAGUGGCGGAGAUGGGGUCCGGUGUCUCCAUUCCCAGCCGCGGUGAAACAGAUUGUGGAUGAUUUGAAAGUUCUGGAGUGCAAAUUGGAUUCUCCUAUAGAGUUUGGUGGAAAUGGUGGCAAGUUACAGGGACCGUUUGGUGCAUAUGAAGAUAAGAAACACAGGGCUACAUAUGAAGCAUUAAAUGACCCGGAGAAGAAGUUCCGGUUUUUUUCUGCUCGACAAGUUGCUUGCCGGCUGCUUGGGAGCAGGGGUUAUUUAUGCCAGAAGUGUUGGCUUGCUAUGGAGGACUGCAUGUGUUCAUAUAUCAAGCCGUGUGGUUUAUGGAAACAGAUACGUUUUUGGCUUUAUAUGCAUCCUAGGGAUUUUCUACGCCAGAACAACACGGGCAAGUUAUUGUGGCAGAUAUUUGGCGUCCAAUCCGCUACACUCUGCGUCUUUGGAAUUGCUGAAGACGAAGAGAUCAUGUGGAAUGAAUUCAAGCGUGCAGGAAAAAACCAAGUCCGUUGCCUCUAUCCCAACCAGAACUCGGAAGUUACUUUCUCGGUUAAAGACACUUUUGGUUGUUCGGCUUCAGAGAAUCCUGGAUCAUCAUCCAUGACAGAUCUUCACUUCAUUUUGCUUGAUGGCACGUGGAACAAUUCUGCUGCAAUGCUCAAGCUUUUAAAGGAUCACGCAAAGUCAGUAUAGGGAGAUGAAGAUCUUCCUUGUAUAUCUCUUUCAGCUGGUGCAUCCGCAAUGCCUCUAUAUUUACUCAUGUUCCUGGUCCAAGCUCCGGUCACAACCAUCGUGGGACCGUACCUGCACGGCUGCAGCAGCAAUUGGACUCCUAUGCGAGCUUAGCCUUCUCCCACAGUUAAGCAGCUAUGAGUUAGACAAACAAGCUGAUGCGGUCGAAGAAGGUCUGGUCAUGUUACUGAACUCACUAACGGGACGUCGCUUAAGAAUUGGCAGGUCCAUAACUCGUUAAGGCAGAAACACCAUCAGCAUUUGCUAAGUACAGAACCAAAUUCUCUCUAGGGUUUUUACUUGGGACAAAUGGAUCCCAAAUCCAGCGAUGUCGAUACCGUUGAAGAAGCAAAUCUAGAGACGCCGAGAUCCUUCGAUACUGUUGAGGAAGCACCAAGCUAGAGUUGGAGAGAUUCAUUACAUUAUUCGCCAAGAUUGGUUUCAAGGUCCUUAAAAAGGUCGAGAUUUCCGCGACUAGCGAGGAAGAGGACGAGGAGGAGGAGGAGGAAGAGGACGAAGAUAACGAGGAUAAGGACAGCGUCGAAAGCGAUCAAGAAUGGGAUGUUGAUAGUUUCGUGGGUUGUGAAUACAAUUCGGAUCCUGAAGACUCUGAGGAUUGGUGUCGCUACCUUCGCCAAUGUCACAAAAGCGAGGGUUUCGAUGUGCCACGAGAUUACCUUCCAAAGCGGAAUUCGGGUCGAAUAUACUGUGGAUUCAAACCCCUUGAGCUUGAUGCCUUCUUUAGUCCUUCUUUAGUCCGCAGUACAUGGAAAACAUGCUCAAAGUCGUCAUUGCCAAAUACAACGACACAA